AUGGCGGAGGGGUUGAGACUCUGCGGCUAUUGCUUCAUGUGGGUGGUUAGACCCACGGAGGAGUCCAAGCUUCCGGACAGUUUCUCUUUGGAGAAAGGGUUGGUGGUGGGGUGGUGCCCGCAGUUGGAGGUGUUGGCGGACGAGGCGGUGGGGUGCUUCGUCACGCACUGCGGGUGGAACUUGAUGGUCGAGGCAUUGAGCUUGGGAGUGCCGAUGGUGGGGAUGCAUCAGUGGAGCGAUCAAACCACCAACUCUAAGUUGAUGGCGGACGUGUGGGGGGUGGGGAUCCGGGCUCACCCCGACCAAAGAUGUGCAGUCGGAGGAGCCGAGAUAGUUCGUUGUGUGAAGCAUGUGAUGGAAGAUGAGGGAGGGGAAGAGAUGAGAAGUGCAGAGGGAUGGAAGAGAUUAGCUAGAGAGGCAGUUGAUGCAGGAGGCACAUCAGAUCAAAAUAUUGAGGAAUUUGUUGCUUCAAUUGUGGCUUCUGCAUAUUGAAACUGUAUUUAGCUUUUUCUUUCUUUAAUAAGAUUGAAGAUCAAAUAUACUCCCUCUGUCCCAUUAGAAAUGAAACAUUUUCCU